CGUACGUCAGGAGGUGGGCCGCAGGGAAGCAUAAGUAGUUCAUGUUUGAUGGACUACUGCACCUAAACAGAAACAUGUAUUCUGUGUUGAUGACAAAGUGGAUAUUAAAUAUCUGAAAGGUUGACAUUGAGCAUAAACAAUGGCUGCCCCCGCAGGAGGACCUGCUGAACCGUGGGUCAUAUUGCCUCAUGAACGAGCACGGUACGAAGAACAAUUCCGUGCCUUACAACCAGUAAAUGGCAUUGUCACAGGUGAACAGGCAAAGGGGUUUCUCCUCCAAUCUCGACUACCACCAGCAAUUUUGGGUCAAAUAUGGUCUUUAGCAGAUACUGACUCAGAUGGAAAAAUGAAUAUAACAGAGUUCAGUAUUGCCUGUAAACUUAUAAACCUAAAAUUACGAGGCUUUGAACUGCCAAAAGUACUUCCACCUACAAUGCUACAACAGAAUGUGCCACCAGCGGCCUUGGUGAGCAGUUCCCUUCUGCAGAGUGCUCCAUCCAUUCGUCCAGCAGCUCAGCCGCCCCUUGUGGGACUGGGCAGUGCUCAUGCCGCAGGGCUUUCCACUGUCGGAAUGACUCCUCCCAUCAUGGCUACUGCACAAGCCCCACUACAUACAUCUGUAAUGCCUCCAAGCAGCAUCCCCAGCAUGGUACCACCAAUGAGAGCACCUCUGGCACCUGGAGCACCUGUUCCUCUCGUACAAACCGCCAGCCUACCCCUAGCAGCAGGCACCAGCUUACCACUUGCACCGGGUACCAGCUUACCACUUGCACCAGGCACUGGCUUACCACUUGCACCAGGCACCAGCUUACCACUCGCACCAGGGACCGGCUUACCCCUCGCACCAGGCACCAAUAUGCCCAUCGCAUCUAGCACGAAUGUUCCGCUUGCAUCAGGUUUGACAAGUAUCAGCAGUACACCUUCACUGGUGAUGCCAGCAACUGUCCAGACUUCUGUUCCGAUGGGUGUACCUCUUACGCAGCCUCUCACUAAUGGGUCCAUAUUAACUGGCCAAGGACCAUUGCCAUCAAGGCCUCCACCAGUUGGAACCUCAGUGCCGCCUGUAGCUCCUCUGGAAAAAGUGGCUUCUAUGGAUUCACCUUUGUCAGCAGGCUCUCCCUUGCAAGAAUGGGCUGUACCUCAUCAGUCCAAACUGAAGUAUACACAGUUGUUCAACACGACUGACCGAGCACGGUCAGGCUAUUUAUCAGGGCCACAAGCGCGAAAUAUCAUGGUGCAGACACAGUUACCACAGCCUAUUUUGGCCCAGAUCUGGGCACUAGCAGAUAUGGAUACAGAUGGAAGACUUUCUUGUGAAGAGUUUGUUCUUGCUCUUCACUUGUGUGACAUGGCAAAAGCAGGGGAGAAGCUACCUGCUGUGCUUCCUCCAGAGCUUGUACCACCAACAUUCCGGAGGCAGCGACAGGGAAGCCUUACUGGAAGCAUUACGGGUUCUAUAGAUGCUUCUGAAAAUAAAGAUGCUGCUGCAAGUAUCUCCACUGUUACAUUUGAAGAUAAACGGAAAGAAAACUUUGAGAAAGGCCAAGCAGAAUUGGAGCGAAGACGUAAAGCAUUGUUGGAAAUUCAGCGAAAAGAACAAGAGGAACGUGAGCGGAAAGAAAAAGAAGAACAGGAAAAAAGGGAGAAAAUAAGGCAAGAACAGGAGCGGCGAAGGCAGCUUGAAUUUGAAAAGCAGUUACAAAGGCAAAGAGAAGCAGAACAGGAAAAAGAAGAGCAAAGGCGAAGAGCACAAGAACAACGUGAAGCUGCAAGAAGGGAAAUGGAGCGGCAAAGGCAGCUGGAGUGGGAGAAACAGCGGUGUCAAGAAUUACAACAGCGCAGGCAGAAAGAACAAGAAAAAGUUUUGCAAUUAAAAGCCAAGAAUCAGAAUCUCAGCAUUGAGUUAUCACAGUUGAAUGAAAAAGUGAAAGAAUUGUCUCAGAAAAUCAGUGAGACAAGGAUUGGAGUGUCUGGCGUAAAGUCAACAAUUGACGGGAUGCGUAGUACUCGUGAUUCGCAGCUUGCUGAAAUGAGUGCCUUAAAGACCCGACUGAAGGAACAGAAUCAAAGGCUUCUUACAUUGAGUCAAGAAAAGGCAAGGCUAGAAGCUCGCAACAAGUUAAAUGCAGCUGCCGAUUCUGCUAAUCAGGAGCAAGUAAAAAUAGCUUUCACCAACAAACAAAUUACACUUAAGCAGUUACGUGAUAGGCUACAGGAUCUCCAGAAAGAGAUAGAGGUUAAACUGGAAGAUAUUGAGAACAAUAACAGCCAACUAGGUGACUUGAAGCAGCAGUUGUCUUCAUUAGUCCAUGAAUGUGAACAGCUCUAUUCUGUAUAUGAAGAAAAGAGAAGCAAGGUAUUGGAAAUGAAAGGCAUGACUGGAAAAAUUAGGGAUCCUACAGACUUUUCAUCAUCGUGGGGUGAUUCUGGCUGGGACAAUCCUCCACAGACUGAGUGGAAUGCAGCUUCUGCUGAUGCUUGGCCAGAAUCAACUGCAGCUACAACUGUGCCAGCAGUAAAUGGAAACUUGCUCAAAUACCGUGCCCUUUACGAGUUCGUUGCUCGCAACAGUGAUGAACUGUCAUUCCAGCCAGGAGAUAUAAUUAUGGUUGCUGCCAACCAAAAUGCUGAACCUGGAUGGUUAGCAGGAGAACUAAGGGGCCAAACUGGCUGGUUUCCUGAGUCCUACGUGGAAUUUAUAGACAGUCCUGUAACAGUCCUGGAGGAUUCAUCUGCUUUUCCUCCUGAUGUUAUCAUAGCAGAGUCUCAAGCUAAACGACAACUUGAGGGAAUUGCAGAAGUUCCAGAAAACGUCAGUGAUAAUGGUUCUGUUGUGGAAGUUUCUGGUGAUGUUGGUCCACAGGUGCUUGAUGAAAUGGCUAGUCCUGUACUUGGACAGGGUGAUAAUGUUGAAGAUGUGGAGGCACAAGCCCUUUAUUCUUGGAGAGCCAGGAAGUCUAGUCAGUUGUCAUUUAAUAAGGGAGAUGUUAUCAGAGUCAAAGAACAACAAGAGCAGUGGUGUUACGGUGAACUAGCUGGUGUACAUGGUUGGUUUCCAAAAUCUUAUGUGAAGUUAGCUCCUUCACAGUUGCAGGAAGGAGAAAAGGAAUAUUAUGUGGCCAUGUAUCCUUAUCAGUCUGUUGAACCAGGUGAUCUUAGUUUCUUACAAGGUGAAAUGAUACUUGUUACCAAGAAAGAGGGAGACUGGUGGACUGGAAUCAUAGGAGAUAGACAUGGAAUAUUUCCUUCAAAUUAUGUACAGCGAGCACCAUCUGGAUCUGCUGUAGUAUCAGAUGAGCCUGCUGAGCCUGUAAAGGAAAACCACAUAACAGAUGUAACAGUCUCAGAAGUAGCAGCUGCCCCAGUCUCACCCACUCCACAACAGGAAGAACAGCCUGCAAAUGAGAAAACCCUUGGGACUCCAGACUUCACUGCUAUGUCUGCUGCAGCUCAGCUUGAAGAUACUGGGGACGAUAGUGACUCUAAGAAGAAUAUUCCCGACUUCUUCCAGUCACCUAAGGGAAAAGGAAAGAAACCUGAAAUAGCAACAGUUAUUGCCCCUUAUCAGGCUACAAGUUCAGAACAACUCAGCCUGCAGAGAGGCCAGUUAAUAAUGAUUCGAAAGAAGACAACAACUGGUUGGUGGGAAGGUGAAUUGCAGGCAAAGGGCAAAAAAAGACAAAUUGGCUGGUUCCCUGCCUCGUAUGUUAAAUUACUAGGAGGUAGUAACAAAGGGACACCUGUAAAGCAGGAGGAUACAUCAUUGCAACAACAACAACAACAACAACAACAACAACAACAACAACCUGCUCAAGAGGUAUCACAGCCUGCAACAGAAAAAGUUAAAGCAUUAUAUCCGUAUUCUGCACUAAACGAUGAUGAACUAAGCUUUGAGAAAGAUGACAUUAUAACAGUUGUAGCAAAAGAGGAACCCUCUUGGUGGCGGGGUGAAUUGAAAGGAGCUACAGGCCUUUUCCCCAGUAAUUAUGUGGCACCUGUGUCUGACUACCAUCUAAAUAAGACAGAAAGGAAAAGACAAGGAUGCAUACAAGAACUGAUUGAUACUGAACAGGCAUAUAUUAAUGAUAUGUCUAUUGUCCAUGAUGUAUUUGAGAAACCACUCUUAGAGAGCAAAGUUUUAUCAAAUGAAGAAAUUUACAAAAUAUUUGUUAACUGGCGUGAAAUACUACAGUGUAACUACAUGUUCCUCAGGACUUUGAGAAUCCGAAAAGAAAUGAGUGCAGAUGGAGUUAUUAGAAUGAUUGGAGAUAUUCUUUGUGAAAAUCUCCCAAGGAUGACUGCAUACAUCCGUUUCUGUAGCUGCCAGCUCAGUGCAGCUACAUUUCUGCAGAAGAUUACAGAAGAAUCAGUGGAAUUUCGUGAACUUGUUCGCCAGUGCCAGGCUGACCCUCGCACGAAAGGAAUGCCACUUAGCAGCUUUCUUAUUAAACCAAUGCAAAGGAUAACAAAAUACCCUCUUCUCAUAAAGAAGAUUUUGGAGUACACUCCAGCAGAUCAUCCAGACCACCAGAAUUUGCAGGAAGCACUGGCCAAAGCUGAAGAGUUCUGUAGACAGGUAAAUGAAGGUGUGAGAGAAAAAGAGAACUCAGAACGAUUAGAAUGGCUUCAGAGGCAUAUCCAUUGUGAUGGCUUGGAGGAGCAGUUAAUUUUUAAUUCUCUUACAAAUUCUCUAGGACCCAGAAAAUUCCUUCAUCAUGGCAUUCUGCAUAAAGCUAAAAGUGGGAAAGAACUGGUUGCAUUCUUGAUGAAUGAUUUUCUGCUCUUAGCCCAGCCACAAAAAUCUCUUGGCAGUACUCACUCAUUCUCAUUUGAAAGGCAUGCUGGUAUCUCAUUUAAAAUCUAUAAAAAGCCAUUGUUUCUGAAUGAGCUGUUGGUGCUGGAAGAGCAGAAUAGCAGUGAAGGUAAUGAGAACCCACGUUUAUUUAGCGUGGGAGACACCACAACUGGAAAAACACUUUCAUUUUUGGCAUCAACAUCAGCCGAACGUAACCUCUGGGCAAAGCGUCUGCAAGAGGCACGUGUCCAUGUGAUUGACACUGAGAAGAGUCAGUUCCAGCGCCAGCAGUCAAAACAAGCUCAGUUUGGUGCUUGCGGUAGAGUGCUGGUUGUAGUCGUGGAAGGGAGUGAACUAAAACCUAGUUCAUCCAGUGGUAAGUGUGAAGCAUUCUGUGAAGUCAGCAUGGGCUCACAAGAACAUCGCACACCUGUAGUAGCGUCAACAACAAAUCCUCGUUGGAAUGCUUCAAUGCAAUUCCUGGUAAAGGACCUAAAAGAGGAUGUCCUUUGUAUUACAGUAUUUGAUCGUGGUCAUUUCUGUCCCAAUGAAUUCCUGGGAAGAACUGAGGUGCGAGUUGCAGAUAUAUUACAGGAAACCCAGUAUUCACGUGGGCCAAUUUCAAAGAAUUUAAAACUUCAUGAAGUUGACUCAGGGAGUGUUCUACUUAAAUUAGAUUUAUUUCUUUUUAAUAGAAUUACAUAGAUUAUAUUAGUGCCCCUUUGUCCAAAGGCACUGCUUUAAAUUGUCUGUAGUACAAAUUAAACAUGUUUAAUUCUGUUAAAAAUUAAAAUAUUUUAACUGAAGAUUAUUUAUGAACAUUUCUAUUCAGUGUCUUUUCUAACAGUCAUGUACUGCCACUGUAAAUAUACAACAUGACUACAUUUAUGCACGACUCUUCUACAUGUAACUUCUUUCAGUUUUUGAAA